AUGGUGGCUUUCGAAGAGAUUCUCAGAACUAUAGGAGAGUUUGGUCUCUUCCAGAAACUUCUCACUUUUGGUUUGACAUUCCAAUAUUUCUUAAUCCCAAUCUUUUUCUGUAGUUUUCUAUUUAUCGAGUCAGAUCCAGAGCGACACUGUAGCACAGACUGGAUCCUGAAGGCUGAUCCUAACCUGACCACAGAUGAGCAGCUGAACCUGACUCUGCCCCGGGAGGAGGAUGGGACCUUCAGCAGGUGUCAGAUGUUCGUCCCUGUGGACUGGGACAUUGGUGCCAUCAGGGAGUACGGACUCAAUGAGACAACAGGUUGUAACAAUGGAUGGGUGUACAGCAAGACCCUGUAUGAUGCCACCAUAGUCACUGAUUUUGAUCUCGUCUGUGACAAGUCAACCAUGGUUGAAGUUGUGCAGACCGUCUUCCUGUUUGGUGCGCUUGUCGGUUCAUUCAUCUUUGGGCCAAUAGCUGAAUCGUAUGGCCGCAGGAGAACCGUCCAGUUACCGGUCGUCCUUUCACUAAUAUUUGCCAUAGUUGCCGGUGUGGCUCCAAAUUUCUAUAUUUACAUAGUGUCACAGUUCAUAGCUGCCAUUGGACUCUCAGGAUACAGGAUCAACUCUGUUGUAUUAGCUACUGAAUGGAUUGGGGUCACUCAAAGGUCCUUCGCCCCCUGUCUGGCCCAGUUGUCUGGAGCUCUUGGAAAGUGUGCUAUGGCUGGUCUGGUCUAUGCUAUUCGUGACUGGAGAAUAGCACAAUAUGUUUUGGCAGGAGGCCAGGCCAUCGUAUUGUUGUACAUAUGGUGGAUUCCUGAAUCUGCAAGGUGGUUGCUUGGACAGGGAAGAACUGAAGAAGCACAUAAAUUCAUACACAGAGUUGCAACAUUCAAUAAAAAGAAAAUCCCAGAGAAUCUACUGGAGGACGUUAGUCAGGUAACUGGGGAACAACAAGUCCACAGAGGAGGAAUCAAGUCAAUAUUUACCUCCAAAGUCCUGGUGAAAUAUCUCUUCAUUGUAUCUUUUGCCUGGUUUUCGGUAAAUCUAGGCGGCUUCUGUCUUUCUCUGAACGUGGGUAAGUUUGGUCUGAGCAUCUUCCUGGUUCAGCUUCUGUUUGGGGUGUCAGAGAUUCCAGCACAUCUCCUCUGUAUCUGGGUGCUGGAGUUGAUCGGGAGAAAGAAACCCCUGAUAUCAAUCCUCCUGACUGGUGGUUUUGUUUGCCUCCUAACUGUGGCUUUCCCUCAAGACAGCACUGUUGCUAUCACAGUUCUUGUUACCAUUGGAAGGUUCUUUUUUAACUGGGCUGGGUCAGUAUGUGUCCUCUACAUUCAGGAGUUGUUUCCCACCUCUGUCAGGCAAACAGCUGUUGGCUUGGGCUCUAUAGCCUUCAGAGUAGCAGGUUUGCUGUCUCCGUCACUCAACAUGUUGGCUACAUACUACUGGUUCUUACCCAACAUGGUCUUCAGCAGCCUCGUGGUGGUCAGUGGAGCUCUUGUCUUCCUCCUUCCUGAGACCUGCAACAAAGUGCUUCCAGAUUCAACUGCUGAAUCUGAAGGCAACAGGAAUUUAACCACCAGGAAAGCAGGAAGUGACUUCAACGUGGAUGAACACAACAGCAGCAAAUCCACCAAACUCUAGUCAGAUUCUAUACUUCAGCGCUUUUUGUCUUGAGAUAUACAUUGACCAUCAUAGAGACUGAAGAAUCUCAACAGACAUUUCAAGACUAAAUCAGGCACAAAUGCAGUGGAUUCCAUAUCUUACUGGAGAACAGCUUAAUGAUUUUUUAAAAAAUGAGCUGGCUUAACA